AUCCACAAAAAAAAUAUUACAAACAAAAUAUCUUUUUAUAGUGCAAAAAGUUACAUUCACCCGGAGGGAGGGACUAAUAUCUGUCGGCGUGAACACAGCCUCAGCCAGCCAGAUAAUUAAAGUGAAGAAGCCUUGUGAAUCUGGUGUUGCUCUUGCCCUAGCUCCCUUUAGAUCUUCACUCUCUCUGUAACAGGGAGCUGGAAACGUGUGCAAUUAACUAAAUUAUUGUCUGUCCAUGAGAAAGGGGUUUGAAUUCUCUUGUUCUAGAUGAUUUGCGAGAAGUAUACUAGUAUGCUGCAAAGAUGGACGGUUUUCUUGCCAAACUCCAAGGGUCAUUGCUGUUGUAUAUUCUAAUCCUUUAUUCUCAAGUGAACAUUAUUGGUGCUCUCAGUCCUGAUGGCCAAGCACUUGUUAGUUUCCGGACAAAUAUUGUAAACUCCGACGGCGUCCUUCUGCAGUGGAGACCUGAGGAUCCCGAUCCAUGUGGGUGGAAAGGUGUAACGUGCGAUCCCAAAUCCAAAAGAGUAACAUCAUUGAGUCUCUCUAACCACAGACUGAGUGGCUCUAUAUCGUCAGACAUUGGGAAGCUAGAGAACCUGCAGUUUCUGGCUCUCUAUGACAACAACUUGUAUGGGAAUAUUCCUCCAGAGUUGGGAUCCUGCACAAAAUUGCAGUCAUUAUAUUUGCAGGGUAAUUAUUUGAGUGGAGUAGUACCCUUUGAGAUAGGAAACCUUACUGAACUUCUUAAUCUAGAUAUCUCAAGCAACUCUCUUGGAGGAAACAUUCCACCUUCACUUGAGAAGUUAACUAGACUCCAAGGAUUCAAUGUAUCAACGAAUUUUUUGGUUGGAGCAAUACCGUCUGAUGGCAUUCUUCAUAAGUUCGCAAAAGACUCGUUUGUUGGGAAUCGUGGUUUAUGCGGUAAGCAAAUUGAAGUGACGUGCAAAGAUGAUUCUGGAGGUUCUUCAAACUCAAAUUCAGAUUCAGGCCAAAACCAAAAUGGGAAGAAAAAGGCCUCGGGGCGGGUACUUACAAGUGCAUUUGCUACUGUUGGCGCGCUACUUUUGGUUGCACUUAUGUGUUUCUGGGGCUGCCAUCUCUAUAAGAAACUUGGGAAAAUGGAUAGAAGAGGUCUUAUAAUGGAUGUUGGUGGAGGUGCAUCUGUUGUAAUGUUCCAUGGAGACUUGCCGUACACUUCAAAAGACAUUAUAAAAAAAUUCGAAUAUUUGACUGACGAACAUAUUAUUGGAUCCGGGGGAUUUGGAACAGUGUACAAGCUUGCGAUGGAUGAUGGAAAUGUAUUUGCCUUAAAAAGGAUAUUGAAGCUGAAUGAAGGUUUUGAUCGUUUUUUUGAAAGGGAGCUUGAAAUCUUGGGAAGCAUUAAGCAUCGAUACCUAGUGAAUUUACGUGGAUACUGCAAUUCUCCAACAUCAAAGCUUCUGAUCUAUGAUUUCUUGCCUGGUGGCAGUCUUGAUGAAGCUCUCCACGGUAGGUCCGAACAACUUGAUUGGGAUGCUAGGCUUAAUAUUGUCAUGGGAGCAGCGAAGGGUCUUGCUUACUUGCAUCAUGAUUGCUCACCUAGAAUUAUUCACCGUGAUAUAAAGUCAAGCAACAUAUUGCUUGAUGGGAAUUUGGAAGCACGAGUCUCUGAUUUUGGACUAGCAAAACUGUUGCAGGAUGAGGAAUCUCACAUCACAACAAUUGUUGCUGGAACUUUUGGUUAUCUGGCUCCAGAGUAUAUGCAGAGUGGUAGAGCAACAGAAAAGACCGAUGUUUAUAGUUUUGGGGUUCUUGUGCUUGAAGUUUUGAGUGGCAAGAGACCCACUGACGCAUCAUUCAUCGAGAAGGGCUUUAACAUUGUCGGAUGGUUGAACUUUCUGGUCACUGAGUGUAGGCAGAGGGAGAUAGUUGAUCAGCAUUGUGAAGGGGUACGGGCAGAAAGCCUUGAUGCGCUGAUUUUGGUUGCUAUUCAGUGUGUUUCAUCAAACCCAGAUGAACGUCCUACUAUGCACAGAGUAGUACAAGUACUUGAGUCAGAGGUUAUGACCCCAUGCCCAAGCGACUUCUAUGAUUCAAGUUCUGAGUAAAGUUGUGUUGAGAAGUGGAACAGGAAGGCAUGUUUUAAUAGUUUGCAACACAGGUGAAAGGUGGCAUAUGAGGUGGCACAGGAUCUGUAGUGCAAAAUCUGUUGUAGGAAUCAUUCUUUCUUACAGACCUUUGACACUUGGGAAGCCUUCCUUUUUUUUGUGCUUAGUUUAGUGUAAGGGCAAACAGGCAACCAAUUCACAAUCGGUUAAGAUUCUUGUUAUCAUUUACGGUGUUUUUAGUGUCCUCAUUUUGAUUGGUUCUUAAUGGAAUUUCUUUGCCAAUGGGGAUGACUAUGGUACGACAAUUCUAAUUCAUUCUCCUUUGUUUUUCUUUUCUAGUCUAUGUUUUCCCAAAUUUUAACCCAAAAUAAAGUGUAUAUGACUUUAUGCAGUUCUACGUACCCCUUUCUUUAGGGGUGUUUCUGCUGUUAAUGUAAAAUAUGUUUCCAUCACAUUGAAUUCCCCAUGUAAAAGUAUCACUAUGUAUGACUGCACUUAGGCAAGUCACUAUUUUUUUCCCAUGUAAAUCUACAAAACACGAGCAAUUAUUUAUUGAAUAUUUACUUCCUUUAUACAGUAAACCACUUGUAUAAUGAGCCAUUUUUAUUGUAUAUUAAUCUUUUUUGUGAUUGA